CCCUCUCUUUCUCUCUCUAAAAUAACAAAGGGCAAGACAUGUUUUUCUACCUUUCCGUUCUCUUUCUCUCUCUACUCUUCACAUCCCACUCACUGAACCAGGACGGCCUGUUUCUCCAGCGAGUCAAACUCGGUCUCUCCGACCCAGCUCAUUCCCUCUCUUCUUGGAACGACAGGGACGACACUCCCUGCAACUGGUAUGGUAUCACAUGCGACAACUCGACUCACCGAGUCAGUUCAGUGGACCUUUCCAGCUCGGAGCUCAUGGGACCCUUCCCUUACUUCCUUUGCCGCCUCCCCUUUUUGACGUCGAUCAAUCUGUUGAACAAUUCCAUCAACUCAUCUCUCACCGAUGACAUUGCCACCUGUCAGAAUCUCGAGAGCCUUGACCUGAGUGACAAUCUCUUGGUGGGCUCCAUUCCCGCGUCACUGUCUGAGUUGAGAAACCUCAAGCAACUCAAUUUGGAGUCGAACAACUUUUCCGGUGUUAUUCCGGCGAAGUUCGGUCUGUUCCAGAAACUAGAGUUGAUUUCACUUGCUGGGAACCUGCUCACUGGGUCCAUACCGAGUGAGCUUGGUAACAUUUCCACUCUCCAGCAUCUUCUAGUGGGUUAUAACCCUUUUGCACCGAGUAGGAUACCGAGUCAGUUCGGUAACUUGAGUAACCUGGUGGAGCUCUGGCUAGCUAAUUGUAACCUUGUGGGUCCGAUUCCUGAGAGUUUAAGCAAGCUAACUCGGUUGACCAAUCUUGAUUUCUCACUGAAUCGACUAACUGGGUCGAUACCGAGCUGGCUUACUGGAUUGAAGAGCAUUGAGCAAAUUGAGCUCUAUAACAACUCCUUAUCAGGUGGAUUGCCUCUGGGAUUUUCGAAUUUGACCAUGCUGAGAAGAUUUGAUGCCUCAAUGAACCGGUUAACUGGGACAAUCCCUAUUCAGUUGACUCAGUUGGAGCUCGAGUCCCUGAACUUGUUUGAGAACAGACUUGUAGGGACUCUGCCAGAGAGCAUAGCAAACUCACCAAAUUUGUAUGAACUCAAAUUGUUCAAUAAUGAACUUACCGGUGAGUUACCAAGUCAGCUCGGGCUUAACUCACCAUUAAAGUGGUUAGAUGUUUCGUACAAUAAAUUCUCCGGUAACAUACCGGGGAAUUUGUGUGCAAAAGGUGAGUUGGAGGACUUGAUUUUGAUUUACAAUUCCUUUUCCGGCAAAAUCCCGGAGAGUCUGGGAAAAUGUGAUAGUUUAGGCCGGGUUCGGUUAAGGAAUAAUGGGUUUACAGGCGCUGUGCCCGAGGAAUUCUGGGGGCUGCCGCAAGUUUACUUGUUUGAACUUGAAGAGAAUUCAUUCUCCGGGAAAGUGUCUAAUAGGAUUGCCUCUGCUUAUAAUCUAUCUGUGUUGAAGAUUUCGAAAAAUAAGUUCUCGGGUACUUUACCAAUGGAGAUUGGUUUUCUAGGCAAGUUGAUUGACUUUUCGGCGAGUGAUAACAUGUUUACAGGUCCAAUUCCGGGGAGUAUGGUUAAUUUGAGUACCCUGAGUAUGCUUGUGCUUGGUGACAAUGAAUUGUCUGGUGGGCUUCCGGAUGGGAUUCAGGGUUGGAAGAGCUUGAAUGAGCUUAAUUUGGCGAAUAAUAAGCUUUCUGGCCCGAUCCCGGAUGAGAUUGGGAGCCUGCAAGUGCUUAAUUAUCUUGAUCUGUCCGGAAAUUACUUUACGGGGAAGAUUCCGAUACAAUUGGCGGAUUUGAAUCUCAAUGUGUUGAACUUGUCGAACAAUAUGCUUUCGGGGGCGCUCCCUCCACUUUAUGCUAAAGAGAUGUAUAGGAGUAGCUUUGUGGGAAAUCCAGGUUUGUGUGGUGAUUUGAAGGAUCUUUGUCUGCAGGAGGGUGAUUCGAAGAAGCAGAGUUACUUGUGGAUUCUUCGGUCGACUUUUAUACUUGCUGUGGUAGUGUUUGUUGUUGGUGUUGUUUGGUUCUACUUCAAGUACCAGAAUUUCAAGAAAGAAAAGGAAGUUGUUACUAUAUCGAAGUGGAGAUCGUUCCAUAAGAUUGGUUUUAGUGAAUUUGAGAUCCUUGAUUUUCUUAGAGAAGAUAAUGUGAUUGGAAGUGGAGCUUCUGGGAAAGUCUACAAGGCAGUGCUUAGCAAUGGUGAGACCGUGGCAGUGAAGAAACUAGGUGGAGAGAGCAAGAAAGGCAAUACAGAUGGCAGCUCUGAAAAGGACGAAUUCGAAGCAGAAGUUGAGACUUUGGGGAGGAUUAGGCACAAAAACAUUGUGAGAUUGUGGUGUUGUUGCAAUACCGGAGAUUGCAAGCUUCUGGUAUACGAAUAUAUGCCAAAUGGGAGCUUGGGGGACUUGUUGCAUGGCAGCAAGGGAGGCUCGUUGGAUUGGCCUACAAGGUACAGGAUAGCUUUGGAUGCAGCUGAGGGCUUGUCUUAUUUGCAUCAUGAUUGUGCUCCUCCGAUUGUUCAUCGGGAUGUAAAAUCGAACAACAUAUUGCUAGAUGCAGAAUUUGGUGCCAGGGUUGCCGACUUUGGAGUUGCCAAAGUUGUUCAAGGAGUCAACAAAGGAAUGGAAUCAAUGUCUGUUAUUGCAGGCUCCUGCGGCUAUAUUGCACCAGAAUAUGGAUAUACUCUCAGAGUGAACGAGAAGAGCGACAUCUAUAGUUUCGGGGUAGUCAUAUUAGAGUUGGUGACAGGCAGACUCCCCGUAGAUCCAGAGUUCGGAGAGAAAGACUUGGUGAAAUGGGUUUGCACCACCUUAGACCAGAAUGGGAUGGAUCAUGUAAUCGACCCCGAGCUCGAUUCACGUUACAAGGAUGAGAUUUCCAAGGUUCUCGAUAUCGGUCUCCGAUGCACAAGCUCAUUUCCCAUCAGCCGCCCCUCAAUGCGAAGGGUGGUGAAAAUGUUGCAGGAAGCUGGCAUGGGAGAGAAGCCUCCAGCCGACAAGAAUGACGAGAAGCCCUCUCCUUAUUACCAAGAAGAAGUCUCUGAUCAGGGAAGUUUAGUUCAAGAAUUUUGUGUUCAGACUUGACUGAAGUAGUAGCUAGAGAGCCCCUCUACUGAAUCUUCAUCCAUGGCCUCAUGGUGUUUGAUUUCUAGGGGCAGAGGGAAAGUGAUUGACGUAACUAUAUGAGGUAGAUUCCACAUGCCCUAGUUGAAAAGUAUAGCUAUGUUAAGACCACAGAUUAAGAUGUCAGAAAGAUUGUACCUGUCUAGUACUAUUUUAGUUGGUGCUAUCCUCUUUGGUUAGGUAAUUGUAACAUGUAGGGCAUGUUUGUGAAAAUGUGAUAAAUGAAGUUUUUUUUUUUAAA